AUGUCCGGAAACAAGUCCGCUUACGAGAAUCGGGCCAGCGAUACUGACUUUCGACGAACCUGGGACCGGGACGAAUACGCCGCGAAGGCGAAGAAAGAGCGGGACGAGGCAAAGGAGGAUGCACAGGCUCGCCACGAAGCAAAGCUCCAAGGGAAGAAAUGGCACAAGCAUGUCGACACUUCCGCACUUGAUGCCACAUCCGCACGAAGCUCUCGACUUGAUGUUGCUAGCCUAGUGGGAAAGUCUACAAUUGUCCCAGCCGGCGCAGGUGUAGGCAAACGUGGCAAAGGCGCUGGUUUCUACUGCGAAGCCUGCGACUUGACCUUCAAGGACAAUGUGCAAUACAUUGAGCAUCUAAACUCCAAGCAGCAUCUCAUCGCCACCGGUCAAUCGGGUGAGGUGAAGAGGGCUACAUUGCAGGAUGUGAAGGAUCGAAUAGACAUGCUCAUUCAACGGAAGCGGGAUCGUGAGGAAGAGGAGCAGCACCUUGGUGAGACUGACGUGACAGCGAGAAUCAACAGACUCAAGGAAGAAGACGACGCAGAGCGGGCAGAAAAACGCCGUAAGAGGAAUGAGCAGCGCCAGAAGCAGAAGGCAGCAGUGAAGGAGGAGGACGACUGGAUGAACGAUCGGCUCGGUAUCAUCGCGUGA